UGUAAUGGAGAAAUGCAAGAGGAUAUCAAAAAGAAAAAAACUGUUGUUGGAGAAAGUUAAGAAAAGAAAGCAGAUAGUAAAAGGCAGUAAAAGAUAUAGAUCUACUGCUGAAAAUGUCGAAUUUCCAGAAGAGCCUCCUGCAGUCACUAAAUUCAGGCACUGGUGUACUACAACAGCAUCGAUAGCCAUUAGUGAUAAAGUGUAUAUUGGUGUUCAUGGCUCCUCUCAUGGCAUUGGAGUUUUUGCAAAGGAUAGGAUAAGGAAGGGAGAGGUGUUAGCAGUAAUACCAAGAUCAUCAACACUCUCCGCCGGUAAUUCAACAUUAUCUGAUCUUAUUAGUGCCAAUAUAAUUACGGAUAAUUCCUGGAUACCAUUGAUAAUCACCAUCAUGAACGAAUACUCAAUGAAAGAUGAGAGCUAUUGGUGUACCUACCUUAAUACAGUGCCUAACAAUACCUCAGUCUGCUCUCCUCCAUUACUGUGGAGCUCUGAAGAGAGGGAAAGGCUAUUAGGAGCUGAAACAGGAUUAUAUCAUCUGGUUGAUAGUGACAUGAAAAGAUUAAGAAAUGAUUAUUGUACAAUAAUAAAGCCGUUUAUGGAGACGCAUUUGCCUCGUGUUAAAAUUAGCGAAGAAAAAGUAAUUGAAAUUGCUUCCUUUAUAAUGUCAUAUAGUUUUACUGACCCAUAUAGCAAUGACGUGCUGUCUGAGACCAUGAUGAUACCUUUUGUUGAUUUGUUAAAUCAUAACCAUUGUCAUCAUGCUGAGCUCAAGUUUGGUAAUAAAGUACUGAAACUUAUUGCUACACGUUCUAUCAAUCCAGGAGAAGAAAUAAUGAAUACAUUUGGUACUUCUCUACCAAAUUAUAGUCUACUCCACACUCAUGGGUUUAUUGAUUUGAAUAAUCCAGUGGAUAAGGUAUGUAUUCCAUUAAAUUCUUUAAAAAGAGCAUUUUUCAUGAAAGGCGCUAACUGGAAAAGGAAGAUAUGGUCAGAACUAAUAGAUAAGGAUGAAUUUGAUGAGAUAUAUGAAGUUGAUUCGAAUGGAAUUCCUGAUCCUAGUUUAUUAAAGAUUAUUAAAUUAUUAUGCAGUAGAGGGACGUCAUUAGAAUUAAGAAAAAGAAUGCAAAGCAAAUUAUUACAAAAAUACAUUAAAAGGUGUUUAGCUAAUAUACCGGUGGUUUUUGCUAAGGAGCCAUCAUUGAAAGAAGAGUAUGUUAUGAAACUACACCAGCAGCUUAAUGAAUAUUUGAAUAAAUUAUUAUUAACAUCAUUUAUAAUGUAAUAUUUUUCAAUAAUAAAUAAUACUACAAUCACUCAAUAAUAAUAAUAAUUGGUUAUUAUUUUCUAAGCAAAGGG